AUGUAUACACUUUAAAUAACGGAUUGUAGAUUUAUUGAUGAUGUGGAUCAAAUAAGCAAAUUUGACGAUGCUCGAAAUUAUUGUUUGAAAAGAAGAAGUGAAGUUGAUACCGUUAGUACGAAUCUAAAUAUUCAAAUCAAAAAUUAUAUUGAUGGAGAAGAUUAAUAUUUGAGAGAGGUCUAGGUAAAGGGAGAAUAAUUGAAUUCAUCCGUUAUGGAAGGGAUAAAAAUAUUGGAACAAUUAAAAGUGCCAACCCACAUAGAUUUAGAAUUGAAUUCAGCUUAGAAAGAAUUUAAAAACAUAGAAUUAAAAUUGAAAUAAACUGAGGAAUAAAAGAAAUGGGCUGAGCAAGAGACUAUAAAAUAAAAAGCAAAAUUAAUCAAAUUAAUUGAAGAAAUUUAGCUUUCAAUAUUAAAUAAACUCGAUGUUCCUGAACCAGAUAAUAAGACUGGGGUCAUUUUUAAUUGGGUGAUAGGAUGCUUAUUAAAGAAGAAAAAAGGACCAAUAUAACUUGCAGAAGAACUUAAGUUAAAAGUUGAAAAAAUUCAAUUAUAGCCUGAAUCAAUUAUAAAUUAGCCAGCCCCACCUUAGAGUACAGGAAUAUUUGCUUGCGGGGGUAGAAAACCUCUUUCGGGUUCAAGACCAAUAAAGAGAGUGGCCUUAUCAGAAGAGGAAUCAAAGAUGUAUGAAAAUUUAUUUGCUUGGAAAGCGAUUAAACAGCACAUCUUCCAUUAAGAUUUCAAAUUUUAAGAGAAAGUGCAGUAAUUCACCUAAGAAUAUGAUAAAUUAGAAUCUUUUUAAAUUAUGUUGGUAGAUGAAUUGGUCUCGGAGAAAAAGGAAGUAAUAAAAGGAAUAUACGAUAUUGAUAUCAAAGAUCAAGCAAGAAUUAUUAUUGAGAUAAAUGAGAUAGUUUUAUUUUUAUUGAAGGAGAACUAGAAUCUGAAAGAAUAAUAAGAGAAAGAGAAAGAAUUUGAAUAAUUGGAUUAAGGAAUCAGAUAGAAGGAAGUCGAGAUAGAAAUCAUGUAGAAAGAAAAAUCGUAUCUUGCUGCAAAAGAAAAAAGAAUAUCUAGUUUGAAAAGUACAAUGUCAUUGCUUUUUACUACAAGUUAAAAAGUUGCAGAUUUCUGUAAAGAAAAAAUGGUCUCAAAUGAUUAAAUUAUUGCUUAAAUUGAAGUAAUAAAAUCUCAAGGAUUAUCAAAAGAAUUGAAAGUGUUUUAGGAUGUUGAGGAUAUAUAUAGAAGAAAAAGAUAAUAGUAUGAAGAAUAAGUGCUGAGUCAGUAGUAGAAGGAAGAGGAAAGAAGAGCGCAGGAAGAAGCUGAAAGAAAAGAAAAGGAAGAAGAAGAUCACAAACAAAAAGCGAAUCCAGAUUCAAAUGAUUUAGAUAGGUCAAAUUAAUAAAAUCAAGAAGAAGAUGACAUUUAAGCGCAAAAAGAUGAAGUUGAGGAUUCUGAUUAUGUAGACUCUGAUGAGAGUGAUCAAGAUGGAGAAAAGUAAGAUUGGAUUGUCCUUGCUGAUGAUCCUUAAACUAAGCACAUUUAAAAGACUUUGUUUCCUGAUAAAGUAAAAACAGCAGAAAAUAAAAAUCUUGUUAAAUAAAAAAAUUAAGGGGAAUCUUUAAAAACCUUAAUGUAAAAAAGAAAGAAGAAUUGA